UGCUGUAGAGGGCCUGGCCCUGCAGAAGAGGAGGAGGGUCGGGGGCAGUGGAGCAGAAUGUGAACCUGAGCAUCGGUUGGGAUCACGGUGCAGACCCUGUCCUUUAUUCUUUUUGAUUGAUUAGCAGAUUUUCAUCAAAGGAGACUCCUGGGGGAUUGACUAGAAAAUUGAUUUUGCCUUAUUAAUAGAAAGGAAGCGUAAGGGUUUUGGCCCUGCCUCUUAGCAGUACAUUUUCUGCAGGAAGGUCAGGAGGAAAAUGUGUUUAGGAGGCAAAGCAGCUGUUUCGAAGAGGGCUGAAGGGAAUCUGAGAACAAUAAGAAAUGGGUUUUAAAGAUCCGCCCAUGAAGUGCAGAUUGCUGAACACAGAGGCUGAGCUAAUAGUAGCACGAGAAUUUGCUGAGGUUUUCUUUGAAAAAAUAAUAAAAUGUUUCUGGGCAAAGGAGAGGACUGACAAGUAAAAGUUUGCUCAAAGCAAAGGAAUGAAGCUGCCAAGGCCAUCCCCAGGCUUGCUCCUGAUGGGGGCUGUUUUCCUUUUUUUUCAGAUCUGAGGCUGUCAGCGAUGACUCUGGUUCUGUCCAUGAAUAGAUUUUGCGAGCCCAUUGUCUCGGAAGGAGCUGCCGAAAUUGCUGGGUACCAAACACUAUGGGAGGCUGACAGCUACGGAGGCCCGAGCUCCCCGGGGCCAGCACAGGCCCCUCUGCAGGGAGACCGGGGAGCCAGUCCCCCGCUGGCAGGAUCACAUUUCAGGGGAAUUUCAAAUCCUGUAACAACAUCCAAGAUCACAUACUUUAAGAGGAAGUAUGUGGAAGAAGAGGAUUUUCACCCACCACUCAGCAGCUGUAGCCAUAAAACCAUCUCGAUUUUUGAGGAGCGAGCCCACAUCCUUUAUAUGUCCUUAGAAAAGCUAAAGUUUAUCGAUGAUCCUGAAGUAUACCUCCGAAGAUCUGUCCUUAUAAACAAUUUGAUGAAAAGGAUCCAUGGAGAAAUUAUCAUGCAAAAUAACUGGUGCUUUCCUGCCUGCUCUUUCAAUGGCGCCUCUGCCCAAGAGUGGUUUAUGGCUCAAGACUGUCCUUACCGAAAACGACCGCGGAUGGCCAAAGAGGAGUGUGAAAAGUUUCAUGCCUGCUGCUUUUACCAAGAAUGUGGCAGUCACUAUCUAAAUUUACCCCUUUCUGUCAAUGCUAAUGUCGGAAGUGCCUCCACUGCCUCUUCCUCCUCCUCAUCUUCCUCUUCCUCUCCCCCUCUGCCUUUACCGAGUUGUUCCCACCAGGUGGAUUUUGAUGUAGGCAGACCACCUAUUUACAAGAGUGAUGGCCAGAUACCUGCCAAUGAAAUAUUCAUUACUAAUGUCAGGUCACUUGGUGUUCAGGAAAAGGCCAAAUUAAAUGAUGAGAAAGCCGACAAUGGUACCAACAGGGAUGGUGGCCCCCCAAGCCAUGAACUUGUGGGAAAUGACCUUGCUUUUGAGUGCAAAGGCCAAUUUUAUGAUUAUUUUGAGACUGGAUGUAAUGAGAAAAACAAUGUAAGUGAGUCUUGGAAAAAGUCCUUGAGGAAAAAGGAGCCUUCACCAAGUAACAAACUCUGCUGCAGCAAAGCAAGUAAGAUAUGAGCCAUCUUUUCACCGAGACUUUGAAGCAUGCACAGCAUGACCGGUUAGCUCUCAUAAAUUUUAUUUGGAAUGGAUUUGAUAGUUUUGUACAACUGAUAAAAUUCUGCCAUGAACGUGCCGUGUCGCUUUAAUGCCUGGAGAGCAGAUUGCAUAAAACAUCUGUACAGUAGACAUCAGCAAGCUACUUACCAACGUGGUGAUUUUAUCAAGAAAACAGUUGACCCAAUGCUUAAAAGUAUAUAUCUUAGUUUUCUUACAGAAAAGAUCAGUAGAUUAGAUUGGGGGACAGUGUGCCAUUGUGAUAUUUCCAUUGUUUCCCCCCUCAAGGAGCCUGUCACUAGUUAAGAACAUUCAACAUGUUUGCCAAUUAAUUAGGUAGUUACUUGGUGAGCAAAUCAAUAUAACCAGCAAAGGAUGUCUGCUUCUUUUAUAUGAUACAGUAUUUUUUCUGAAUAAAUGACUGAAGGUGGGGAGCUAGGUGAAAUGGCUUCAUGGUGCUGUUAAGUAUUUGUAUUUAACAGUCUUUUGUGACAGAUGAAAUAGGACUGGACAUAGUAAAGCACACCUGUCUAGGGCGGAAUCAACAAUAGCAGAGAGGGUAAUCCCUGCAAGUUCCUGGCUUGCCUGUGAUGGGUGAUGAGGCUUUUAGAGACGUGUUAUACAGGGCGAUUUUUGGUGCCUUACUUUAUCUUAAUUUUUGCCAGUGUGAAAAUUAAGGAUAAAUCAGAGUUAACAGCAGGGAUUUAACAAACAGGAAAAUUAAAAUUAAAAGUAAAAAACAGGGUGGAUCAAUAUUGUUUGAAAACUGUUUAACUUUGAACUAUUGCAUUCAACUUUUGAUUCAACAUCUCUGUUCUUCCUUUAUUUUUGAUGCCCAAUUGCUUUUGGAUUUAGCAUGUUUGGAAAGGGACAGAGGGAACAAUAGAGAGAGCUGUUAGAAACCAUCACAACGAGCUGCUCGAGCUUUUCUAUGGUGACAGUCUGUUGCUGGGGUUUGGGUUUUUUGGGUUUUGGGUUGUUUCGUUUUGUUUCAUUGUCCAAUGAAGUUCAUGAACCUGUGGCAUGCAUUAUAUUUUAAUCUGUUUUGUAUCAUUUCACUCAUUUAGAUUAUAAAUGCAUGUGGUUUUUUAUAUACAACUUUUGCUGUUGAUUAAGAAGCACAAUGUUAAUAAAUGAUGUGGUGGUCAAUAAGGUUUUAUCUUAAAGAAUGUAAAGAUUCUAGUUUUGGGAAAGUUAUUUUGGAGAAAUGGGACUCAAUCCGUAACAGUUACUAUGUAUUCGGUCAACAUUUUUCUCAAUAUUUCUUUUAUUUGUACAUUUGCAAGAGUGUUCAGAGUGCCCCUCUGACCAUCCUUCCUCCCACUCCAGCUAACUCCUUCUGCUAAAGUGUGUUCCAAUUGCCAAGGUUACUAAUUGGUUUAGGCCUCCUUAAACAAUACUUCACAGGAACCAAGUGCCAAAUGGAGGAAAUAAGUAAGUCCUCCCAAUUUCUCCAAGAUAAAAGCUUUUUUAUUAUUGCUAUCAAUAUUAAAUAUAGGUCUCAUUCAUACAGUGUAUGAGUUGGAUCAUCAUUUGGACAAUUGUCCACAAGGACCGAUGUUGAAAACAUGUUCUUGUGUUAUAGCGAUAGUCUAGUAAUGUUUGUUCUUUAUUUUCAAUAUUUGAUUAACAUUUGAUGUUGAAAACUUAGAUGAUAGAUGCUUGUAUAUGAAUGUGUUGUAAUAAAGUGGGUUUUCUUGAUAUAUAUUUAUUAAAAUGAUCAAAAUUCAAUAAGAUUUUGUCAUUUUAAUGUUAUUGGCUAUGUUUCACUUUUCUGUU